GUAGUCUCGCCGGAAGGCGGGCGGGGGAGGGCGGGCGCUGCGCCUGUGCCACAGCGAGCCCGUGCGCUGGCCCGGGGCUCCGAGCGGGGUGGCUUUGGCCAGCUCCUUCCUUCCUGCAGCUCGCACCGGGAACGGGAGGUCUGGCUCUCGGCGUCCCGAUGAACCCAGCUAGGGGAGCACGCUGCCGCCUCAGAAAGUUGGCGGAGAAGGAGGCGGUCUGCCCGGCGAUGUAGCCCUGAGCGUGGCACGGCAGCCCUGGAAGGCAGCUCAAGUCCUCACCGCCCUGAUCCCGGAGCAUGGGCUAAAACCAUGUUCCUCUCGCGUAUGGAAAGCCACUGUUUCCUGCUGUUUGUGUUUGUCUUCCAAGCGAUCUUUAUCCUGAUCCUGUACCGAGGCGGACCGUCGCGCGUGUUCCGCGGGAUUGUGGAGCCGCCCGGGGCGGGGGAUUACUCGAAGCCGCACGAUGUGUACGCGAACCUCAGCCUGCUCACCCGCGCCCCGCGGCGCGCCGCCGCGCGCUCCUGCUCGGCGCUCUCCCCGCUCCUGGUUGGUCCAUUAACCAUCAGCUUCAGGGUGCUCCCCAGUGAAAGGAUGAUCAUGAAAAGAAAUCCUUUUGUUCAGUCUGGUGGCCACUACAAGCCACCUCACUGCUUUGCCCGCUACAAAUCCGCCAUCCUUGUGCCCUACAGGAACCAGGAGAAGCACCUUCGCCAUCUUCUCUACUACAUCCAUCCCUUCCUGCAGCGCCAGCAGCUCAGUUACACUAUCUACCUGAUUCAGCAGGCAGGGACCGGUUCAUUUAACCGAGCAAAGCUGCUUAAUGUUGGUGUCCGGGAAGCCAUGAAGGAUGAAGAGUGGGACUGCCUUGUCCUACAUGAUAUUGACCUGGUGCCUGAGAAUGACUAUAACCUGUACAUUUGUGAUGAAUAUUAUCCCAAGCAUAUGGCCAGUGCCAUGGAUAAGUUUCAGUACACUCUGCCAUACAAGUCCUUUUUUGGGGGUGUGUCUGCUAUGACUCCAGAACAUUACAUGAAGAUGAAUGGGUUUCCCAACACGUACUGGGGCGAUGGUGGUGAAAAUGAUGACAUUGCUACAAGGAUUCACUUGGCAGGAAUGAAAAUAGUCCGGACAUCACCUCACCUUGGACGCUACCGAGUGAUGGACUACAACGAAGAGACAGAGAUCCAGGAGCCUUGGAGGAGGCCUCCUUCCCAACACAACACCAGAAAAACAUGGAAAGCCGAUGGAAUGAAUACAUUACAGUUCAGGCUCAUUUCCAGGAUUAAGCAUCCUCUCUAUACCAAGAUCACUGUGGACAUUGGAUAUGUUCCUCCAUUUUCUUAAGAGGCUGAAAACAAAAGCAGAGGCUGGGUGCCACAUGAGCAUUCAGCCAAUCCCUCCUUUUCCUGUGGUGUCUGCCCCACCUGAGAUUAACCCUUUUGCCUUUCACUUUUCUCCAAAAUGUUCUGGAUUUAGAAGAGGCUCUAGGAACAGGGUACGAUGGCUACUAAACAGUCUGUGGCUUACUGUAAAAAUUGUCCAAGUCACUGUAAAACAGACUCCUGAGCCAUAUCUCUGUAACAGUAAGCCAAUCCAAGCUUUCUGGAACCUUUGUUCAGUAGCUGGAUAGCUCUGUCCUGCUUUGUACUUAAGUGUUAAUUGGGAUGCAAGCCAUUCUGUCAGAGUGGCCUCUGACGUGUUGUAUUUUGAGAAGGUGUUAAAGCCAUUUACAGUUCUAUAAAUAUCUUUUGUGAAUUUGAGUAAUAUACAUGGAGUUAUGUGUUUGGCUUAAGAGUUUUAUAGAAUACUGUAACAAAAAAGAAAGUUGCCCUGAAA